GGGUUUAAAGCCAACUUGUCUUUGUUGAGGAGGCCUGGGGAGAAAACUUACACACAGCGGUGCUGGUUAUUUGUUGGAAAUCUACCUGCUGAUAUCACAAAAGAUGAAUUCAAAAGACUAUUUGCAAAAUAUGGAGAACCAGGAGAAGUUUUUAUCAACAAGGGCAAAGGAUUUGGAUUUAUUAAACUUGAGUCUAGAGCCUUGGCUGAAAUCGCCAAAGCUGAACUUGAUGAUACGCCUAUGAGAGGUAGACAGCUUCGGGUUCGCUUUGCCACUCAUGCUGCUGCCCUUUCUGUUCGUAAUCUUUCACCUUAUGUUUCCAAUGAACUGUUGGAAGAAGCAUUUAGCCAGUUUGGUCCUAUUGAACGGGCUGUUGUAAUCGUUGAUGAUCGUGGAAGAUCUACAGGAAAAGGCAUUGUUGAAUUUGCUUCCAAACCAGCAGCAAGAAAAGCAUUUGAACGAUGCAGCGAAGGUGUUUUCUUACUGACAACAACUCCUCGCCCAGUCAUUGUGGAACCGCUUGAACAAUUGGAUGAUGAAGAUGGUCUUCCUGAAAAACUUGCACAGAAGAAUCCAAUGUAUCAGAAGGAGAGAGAAACCCCUCCUCGUUUUGCCCAGCAUGGCACAUUUGAGUAUGAAUAUUCUCAGCGAUGGAAGUCUUUGGAUGAAAUGGAAAAACAGCAAAGGGAACAAGUUGAAAAGAACAUGAAGGAUGCAAAAGAUAAAUUGGAAAGUGAAAUGGAAGAUGCCUAUCAUGAGCAUCAGGCAAAUCUUUUGCGCCAAGAUCUGAUGAGGCGCCAGGAAGAACUAAGACGCAUGGAAGAACUUCACAAUCAAGAAAUGCAGAAACGUAAAGAAAUGCAAUUGAGGCAAGAGGAGGAGCGUCGCAGAAGAGAAGAAGAGAUGAUGAUUCGUCAACGUGAGAUGGAAGAACAAAUGAGACGCCAGAGAGAGGAAAGUUACAGUCGGAUGGGCUACAUGGAUCCAAGAGAAAGAGACAUGAGAAUGGGUGGUGGAGGAGCAAUGAACAUGGGAGAUCCCUAUGGUUCAGGAGGCCAGAAAUUUCCACCUCUAGGUGGUGGUGGUGGCAUAGGUUAUGAAGCUAAUCCUGGAGUUCCACCCGCAACCAUGAGUGGUUCCAUGAUGGGAAGCGACAUGCGUACUGAGCGCUUUGGGCAGGGAGGUGCGGGACCUGUGGGUGGACAGGGUCCUAGAGGAAUGGGACCUGGAACUCCAGCAGGAUAUGGUAGAGGGAGAGAAGAGUAUGAAGGCCCAAACAAAAAACCCAGAUUUUAGAUGUGAUAUGUAGGCUUUCAUUCCAGCUUGUUUUUGUCUUUUCUUGUUUAGAUACCAAUCUUUUAAAUUCUUGCAUUUUAGUAAGAAAGCUACCUUUUUAUGGAUGUUAGCAGUUUAUUGACCUAAUAUUUGUAAAUGGUCUGUUCGGGCAGGUAAAAUUAUGUAAUGCAGUGUUUGAAACAGGAGAAAAUUUUUUUCCUUUUUAUUUCCUUUUUUUUUUUUAAUCUGUAUAAUGUCCCUCAAGUUAUGGCAGUGUACCUUGUGCCACUGAAUUUCCAAAGUGUACCAAUUUUUUUUUUACUGUGCUUCAAAUAAAUAGAAAAAAAUAGUUAUAAUAUUGAUCUUCAACUUUGCCAUUCAUGCUUCUAUGCAUAUUAGGCUAGGUAUUCCACUUUGAAAGCAUGAGAGUGUCUAGGCCUUUGAAUGGCAUAUGCCAUUUCUGGGAAAUGUAUCUGGAGACUUAAGUAUUGGCUUUCUACAAAUAACUGGACCCCUUGUUUUAAACAGAAGAAAUGCAUAUUGAAGUAGUUUCAUGAUUUAUUUGGCAUUAUAGGAAGCAAGAUGGUGCUGAGUUUUUUUAAAUGGUUAUGUAAGCAAAGCUGAACUGUAUCUUCAUUCAGGAAUAUGUAUUAAGAUUAUGGAAUGCGUGUUAAGACUAUUGGUAGGGGAGAAAGUGGGUUUGGUUAAAUGGAUCUCUUAUGGCCCUAUUAUGAUCUAUCCCUUCCUUGAAAGUUUUUGAAAAGUGGAAAGAUCAUUUUGUUGCAUUUCCCCAUUCUUGUUUUUAAAAUUAAGAACAUAUCCCAAGCCCUAUAAAUGGCUUGUAUUGAACUUUUACAUUUGAAUUAAAGAUUGUUAAACAUGAAGCCUUUUCAUGUAUUACUUCAAGUAAUAUAUAAAGUUGGAUUUUGGUCUGAAAAAUUCAAUUUGCAAGCAAGGUUUAGUAGCCAUAAAAUAGGUUUAAUUUAACAUUUGUACUCUGUAACUUUCACAUCUCCUCGUGCUACUACUGGGCAAAAUCUGGAGGAUUAUAAAAAUCUGGUUUUCUUUUCUGAGAGCUAGUUUGUUCAUCACAAAUAGUGUUGCAGAUAACUCUUCCCAUUGUUAAUUUGUUAACCUGUUCUUGCAUAGUUUCCUUUUGAUGUAGCACUAAAUCUGGAGAGAGUUGCCCAUGCUAUACAGUACAAAUACCCCUUCCUCCUACCAUUGGAAUGUUUCAGUGGUGUUGUCAGUUACUUGUCAACCUCAUUGAAUCUCCUAUGAUUAGAACAAGAGUUUUUUUUUGACUCAAUAAUAAAGUAGAUGCUGUACUGUUGUCUGUUAGUACAAUGGGAGCCCGAUUUCCCAGUGUAAAUAUGUUGAGGACCGAUUUCCUAACAGUAGGUAAGGUAAUUGAAUGGUUUGGCUUUGUUCUUAGUUAUGAUUCCAUUUGAAUCUACAUUAUAGAACUCUUUACUACGGAAUAUGUCUUCCUCCUUUUCACCUCUGUUCUUGGUGCGAAUUGGCAAAAGAAAAAUUCUAAAUCAAACCUUUAACAUGUUGAAGUUUAGUAUUGUACCUUAGUACAAAAGGAGGCUUAUUGAAACAAACACUUUCUACAUAGAAAACAGGAUAAUACUUCCAAGUACAUCAUUAGUGGAGUAUGAAUACCUGUUUACCAAAUUUUGGUUGUAUUACUGACAGGUACAUGGUGUGCUAAUUAAGGGAGAGUCUCAUUAGAAAAUAUCCUCAUUAUUUCUGUUCUCCAAUAUACUUGGAAAUCAGUCAUUCUACCCUAAUAGUAUCAAUGAGGAAGUUUCAUCCCAAGUCAUUGAUUGGCGAUACAGAAGAGAUUUUCCAUAUGAAAAUAAGGGUCUUGAUUUGAAAGGAGUCCAUUACAAUUUGGUUAAAUUGUAUAGUGGGACUCUACUAAUAACCAGAAAAUAAAGGGUGUUCAUGGGACACCCAUGGAGGGUAAACUUGAAUGUUUGUGGGAGGGGGCUGGUGGGGAAAUGGGGGAAAUCUGCCUAUAAAAUUAAUGUUUCAGUUUAUUUUUCAGAUUACAUGCCUUUCUUUAUAAGGGAUGCUGGCACAGACCCUAAAUUAAGCUUUUGGUAGUACUGUACCUUUGAAGAGUGGUGAAGGGUACUAUUGGAUAAUCUCCUGAAAGUUGUGGCUUUUGAUACCCUUACUGUGGGCUGUAGAAUUGCUAAACAUUGUUUAGCAGAACAUGUUGCUUAGUUUUAACUGACAUUUGGCUUUCAUCACUGUACCAGCAGUGUACCAAGGGUUGUAAGCUACUCAAAUAGACUUUCACUAAGUCUUGAAAUAUGCAGUAGGUUUUAGACUAAGGUGAAUUUCAAUCAUCUUAAUAAGUAGGUUCCUAAAAGUGGAUUUGAAACUUGGGAUGGGAAUGGGAGGGUGAUAAUUUUGGGAGUACCUUAGCUAUUUUUCUCACUUAAACCAUCUGCCCCCAUUUCCUCUUCCCUACUUUUCUCUCACAAUUUUGUUUUAAGAGGAACACUGGUUAUUGUUUUUAAAACUUAUUUCUCCUAAGCUUUAAAAACUGUAUUCUCUAAGACUCCAGUGUAUUUAAUAGAUACCUUACAGGCUUUAAUCCAUUGGCUUACAUUACUUGAAACCAUAGUCCUCUUUGCUUAGAACUUUAAACCCCUAAGAAGAAAUAAACCCACCACUCUUUGUGUAGAUGUAUUUAUACCACUAAUACAAACAAAUAACAAUUUGGGAGAUUGUAAUGUUACGCCUGUGCAAAUUUUACAAGUGGCAUAUUAUGGCAGAUUAAAAUUUAGGUACUUGGCUUUUCUUGGGCAAGCCACUAUGCUGUGGCGGAAUGUUGGUGUUCUUGGACUGCAAUUAUGCACUAUUAAAGUAGUGGCCUGCUACAUAACUGCAUUUAGCCAGCAUUUCUGCAGUGCGUAACUGUGAGGAACGUAGUACCGCAAAUGGCAAUGGACAUUAGGACCCGGAUGUAGUAUUCCUGCUUGCUCCAAGAUUCUCAUUGCCGACUGCAUACAGGUAGGUAACAAGCAAUAUAAUCUAACUUGGUGACUUGCUAUGUACUUUUAUUCCGUGGGCAUUCUGACAUCACACUUCUGACAAUGAAAUUACAGUGCAGCACCUAAACACUUGUAUGGUAAAGCUAGUUUAUAUCAAAACUCCGUGGGUUUGGGGCUAGAGCCGUAAUUUUGUCAGGCAGAAUUCAGUGCUGUUGCAGUUCUCAGAUAAAAAGUGCAAACUUGAUUCUUGGUAUAUCUGACUCAGUUGUGUGGUUUUCUUUAGCUGCAUCGUAACUGAAGAUAACAUGGGACACGACAGUGGUGUGGGGAACCAUACUGGGAAACCUAGAAUGCUUUUAACAUCUUGAAAACGGACUAUAGCAUGUGAUAAUUAGUCUCUGUUGUGGCAAAUGACCUGCCCAUAGAUGAGCAAUAUCAGUAAUUAUCAGUGUGCAAUCUUAGUAAUUAUUCUGCAAGUUGAGUGAAUUAGAACUAAAGCACAGGGGUUUUUUUCUUCUUUUUUGGGGGUAAUACAAUUUAAAAUUCUUAAAACAUGGGCUCCAUGGGAAACUUUUGUUACUAACUUGGGCUUAGAUGGGAAUCUUCACGUGAAUAGUUCAAGUUAUAUGACUUGUCUACAUACGUCUAUACUCUAAAACCUGGGGGAAAGUGGUGUGGAACAUUGACUUGCCUACAGUUGAAUACAUGUUGGGAAUCAUUCCCAGUCAUAAGACUUCGUCGUAUUCUGUAGGAUGACUAUGUUCAGGGUAGCUUUAUGAAUUUGGUUCCCUUAGCUUUAGGGUUGUGAUGGUAUAGUCCAAAAUGUUUAAUGCAAGAAAAUGUAAGUCUUCAGAAGCACAUUCUCUUGUUGCUUGGGACUUAAGCUUUGCAUCAGCUGUUGUUCCAGACCUCAAUUCUACUUAACCUUGGUCUCUGAACUGGUUUUUUAGCUAGCAUGCAUGAGAAACAGCUUUCAUGUUUAAUGCUUUCUGCUCUGUAACUGGAAGGUUUGGUUUACUUUGCAUAAAUGCCGGUGAAAACUCUUCAUGACUUUGAGAAUUUUUUCCCAUUGUAUCAAGAAUAAUAUCUUGCUCUUGGCAAGCAAUUCACAAGGUGGGGACCGAUUAGUACUUUAAUAUACAUAGAUCAUUUAAGCAGACAAGUUUUUUAACUCCUGAGAGAUAAGAGAAACUGGUGACACUAGUUACAGCUCCUCCAUAUUUAUAAUACCUCACAGAUCAAACAUAAUGCUCAGUAUUAGUAACAUGAGUAUUACUAAAUUGCAUAGAACCCUGGUGGGGGGUUUUCUGUGUCCUUAACCCAUUAAAUCGGUGGCCAGUGCUUGCUGCCGUGAUCGAGUAGAUGUUUAGAACUAAAAGCUCAAGUUUUCUUUCUUACUAGUCAGUAACGAUUUUCAGAGAAUGUACUUGGUGUAAUGUGUGGACUUCAGGAACAUCACUGGGGUGGGGGAUUCAUUUUGCUUAUUCUGCUUACUGCAAGAUUACUGGGCUUUUGCACUUUAGAAUGAGAAACCUGUGACCUAAGUUGAUUCCUACAAGUUUUAAUUUGUGUGUAGCUGUAAAUUGUGAAUCUUAGCGCAGUGGAUUUUUAAAAGCACUCAGUCAAAAAGCCGGGAAUUACGUGGGUUCCAGUAAUAAUGCUAUACCGAGGUGCUUGCAUUGUAUUUCACAAUCCUUUCAUGUUAUAAACCAAAAUUAAUCUUUUAAUGAGAACAGUCUUGAGUUCAGAGGUGUGAUACCAGAAUGCAUUUUCGUACUGUUAGGCCCUUGGAACAGAUACCGGUGCUUUCUGAAAGAUGAAAGAAAUGCUUCGGGGUGCUCCUAAUAUAAUAUGCAAGGAUGCAAACCUACAAAGAAUGCAUAAUAGUCUGACUUUUCCCCCAAUAAAGAGAUGCGUGUGACUAGUUUUGGACUCUAACCUUAAUGGGGGUGCAUGUGUCCUAUUGUUAAUCAUUGUCAGCUGCAGUGACAUGACCCAUAGUCCUGCAUUUACUGCCUUUACCCUAAUGAUUUUGGACAGGUUUUAGAAAGCCAGGAUGUUUGUCUGGGCCUUUAUUUGGUUUUGACUUUAGUUAAUAAUGCUUCAGUGCUGACAGCUAGUGCAGUUCUCAAAUGGCUGCCAAUUAGGGAAAAGAAUUUAGAGGAUUUGACUUCUAAUCAUCUGUCAUUGCUGCUAGAUAAUGAUUGGCAAUUUUUAAGACUCAACUGUGGAAAUUUCACAGUUGCUGAACAUCAACCAUUAAACUACUGCUUUUGAACACCAGUGCUGAAGAUAUUUUUUUGAAGGGAAAAAAGGGACUGGAUACAGAAUAGGAUAAUCUGGAGAAUGGGGACGAAUGCAAAACGAUAUAGUAUCCCUUAUGGAUGGUACAUGUGCAACAGGGAAUUAAUUCUAUUUCGUAUAUCCUUGGCAGUAAUGAAACAGGGAGGAAACCUAGAGCUAAAGUAGCUUGAUAAUGCUUUUUGUGCACCGCAACUCUGCCAGACAUAGUGAAGGUGAAUAUCUUCUCCCUCAGAAAAACUUGGGUCCCUUGCUGUUGCAGUAAGGCAUAGCUUCCUGCCCUAACUUUAAAUUCAGUGAGGACUUGGAAGGAAAGAACGAAAGCAAAUACAUAGGAUUGCAAGAUAACUGCAGUGUUCUUCUGUACGAUGGGAAGGGGUAGGGCAUUCUUGGAAACUCAUGCUGAAGGUGGUCAGUCCACCUGAGAAUGGAAGACAUACUCAAAUGGGGGAACAGGGUAUGUGCUUUUAUAUAAAGAGAGAGCUGAUGCUAAGACUCACUUGGUGAGGUAGAUGUUGUCACAUACCUUCACAUAAGGGAUAGUAUAUUUUGGGUUGCAGUCACACUUCAUUGUGCUCAGACUGGUGAAAAUGAGUUAGGCUUUCGCAUUUUAAAGAAAAUAGUUUUCAUUCUAAUUCAGGUGUCUACUUGAUUACUUGAUGUAAGAAUAAUUUUAGAUUUUUUUCCCCCGAUGAAGUUUCUUCCUAUUUUUUUUUUACGCUGUAACCUACCCCCAAUCUUUAUCUCUGGAAUUUUAUUCCUUAAAAUUUGAAGUUACCUAGCAUUUUCAAGCCUUAUUUUAUGCCCUUGUCUCUUGUGUUAACUUUUUCUUAUUAUUCUUUAGGUAAGAAUGAUUGAUGUUGGCUGACAAUGGAGUGCACAUUCUUGAAGUGGAUAUUUGUUGCCAAGACAUCACAUAGCACGAGCCAACCAAAAGGGGGAAGCCAUAGGUCACUGGACAAAGUAUCUAGGAUCAGGUGACCUGUGUUCAGAAAACAAGGAAGAAGGCAAAGAGGAAUGGACAAUGUAUUUCUCAUUAAUAAAGACAUUAAACAAAC